GCAGCAUGGCCGCGGCGGGCGGCGGCGGCGGCGCGGGGCGGCGGGGGCUGCUGAAGCGGAAGCCCAACUUCACGCUGCAGGAGAUCGACAUCCUCAUGAGCGAGGUGCUCAAGUACGAGCAGCUGCUCUUCGGCGCCGCCGCCAGCACCGUCAACGCCUACGAGAAGCAGAAGAUCUGGUGGCGCAUCACGAACAAGAUCAACGCGGCGGGCCGCAACCAGCGCGACAUCGGCGAGGUGAAGAACCGCUGGCGGGGCCUGCGCCGCCGCGCCAACGACAAGAUCACCCGGCACCGGCAGGAGCGGCAGGCGCCCCCCGGCUGGGCCCUGCGCGCCGCCGCCGCCGGCCUCGACCCGCCGCCGCUCGUCGCCGUCGAGGUGGUGGCGCCGCACGGCGUGAAGGAGGAGGCGGUGAAGGAGGAGCCGGUGGAGGUGAAGACCGAACCUUUCCACGCGCCGACUUCGGAGAGCGGCCGCGGCCGGGCGGCCCCGGAGCGCCGGCUGCCGCGCGGCAAUGCCCCCGCUCCCGGCGAGCUGCGCCAAGGCUGGAGCCGGAGCCCGCCGCAGCCCUCGCCACCCGAACUCUCCGGCGGCGAGCCGGGUGGGCAGCAGGAGCCGCUGGGCUCGGAUUUCACCGGCGGCAUCGUCUUCGAGCAGGACGCCGAGCGCCUGGCUGACUGCGGCGACGCGGGCGAGCCGGCAGGCGCCGGCGCCGGGCCGCUCUCGGAGCGGGGACCCCAAAGCGCCCACCUGAGCCCGGCCGAAAAACGCAUCGUCCAGUCCAACGAGCAGCUGGUGCAGGAGAUGCGGGCUCUGCGGCGCGAGUACGCCGAGAGCCGCCGCGAGACGGCCUCCGUCCUGCGCGCCAUCGCCGAGGCGCUGAGCGGCGUCAGCAGCAGCCUGGCGCAGAUCCGCGAUCUCUACCUCCGCGAGCAGGCGGCCCCCAAGCCGUGAGCCGUCCCGCAGCUGGCUGUGGGGAGAGCCGGAGGGGUUUGGGUGGGGGGAGAGAGGCCACCGCUCCGGACGCGGGCUGGCCGACGAACACCCGCUCGGCCCGGAGCACGGGAUUUGGGGCCGGUUUCCCCCUCCUCGCCCCUGCGCCUGGUUUUCUUUCGGUCCUUCCUCCACCAACGCAGGCACCUCGUAAUAAAACUCUGAACUGGC